GUUCUAUCUCCUCUGACUGUGAUCUGAUCUGUAAGUUUUGUGCUUCUGUCUAACCAGAAGCUUCUUACAGACACACAGUCAGUCCAGGAGUUUAUCAAAUUCCUCACCGAGGAAAUUUCAAAACCUUCUCAAUGGAAAUGAUCGGGCUCACUUUGAUCUUCCUGCUGAUGGUGACCAUGAUGGUGGGACGGCCAGUGACAGCAGCAGACCCUGACAUUACUACUGAUUUUGGCAUCAAUGUCACCUCUGGUGCCCAGCUCCACUUCACAGGCUUCAGAGAUCUUCCAGAAUCGGCGACCAAGCAGAUCGUAAUCACUUUCGCCUUUGACACACAGUUCCCGGGAGUGACUGGGCUUGGUAUAGCUCCGGCCUUAUUGAAGUUCGGACCUUCAGCUCUCAAUUCCGUGCACCACCAUCCUCGAGCGAGCGAAGUGUUCUACAUUAUCGACGGGGAGCUGGAUGCAGGACUCGUGGACACCAAGAACAAUCUCUUCACGGCUACUCUGAAGAAAGGUGAUGUGUUUGUCUUUCCCAAGGGACUUAUGCACUUCCAGAUCAACCGAAGCAAGACUAAGACAGCCACCGUCAUCGCCGUAUUCAACAGCGAAAACGCAGGUCGCCAGAGCUGGCCUCCUGCUCUGUUCAAUUCCAAUCCUCGCAUUCCCACUGACAUUCUGAUGGAGGCUUUCAACCUCGACGAGAACACAGUCAACCGCCUGAAACAAUACGAUUUUCCGAGUGAAUGAGUCCAAAUUAUCCGGGCAACCAGGGCAGAUAGGAACAGAUCGUGCACAUCCUGCUCAUAGACAUUGAUAGAGGUAGAGCCAUUUACUGCAGAUGAUGCAAUAAAUUUUGGAUGAUAGGCAGAAAGAGGUAUGGUGGUUUAUGUUUAGGUUCUUUAUAGAGGUCGUCGUCCAAAGCAGAACAUGUUUCUGAGGCACAGGAUUUCAGCCGUAAGCUCUAGUCCGACCGUGACGAAUAUAUGUAUCUCAGGUACAGGUUUGUUAUUGAAGAUGCGGACUUUCUGCCGUCGCCAGAGUCUGAUCAAGAAUUAUGGCAUUGCAUAUAUUUAUAAAGCUUUAGAUUUACGUUAAACUGUUUUGCAAUGCUACACUUGUGCGAAAAGUUCGGUUUAGCACCUUGAUGUUCCAGGGGAAUGGG